AUGCCACAUAUUUCCGACUGUAAUGGUCCAACGGCGAAGGCGUUCAAACCCGCUCAACCGUCCAUCCCAAUUCUGGUCGUGCUCGCACUUCCAGCCCUCCGCCGCGCCCCGCCCGAACGCUGCGGUGGCCGCCCACUCGUGCAGGUAACUCACGAUGCUGGAACUUCUGCGGCCCUAAGCACUGGAGAUGACCCUUGA